AAUCUCUUUUAAUUGUCACACGUACUCGGUCAGUCAAAAAUUCCAUUUCGUUAUCGGGAACUCAACUGAAACUGACAAAUUGAUAAGGAAAGAUAAGCGUUUCCUUUAGUUAUAACCUCAACGUAGAGAUGUGUGUAUAGUGUCAAUGCGAUUAUUGUUUUUUUUUGUUACUCAAAAAAAUUGGGAUAUUAAAGAGAUAAUGUGAUAUUGAUGCUCCAUAGAAAGGCUUCAUUAUGAGUAAUAGUGUCAAAAUAACCGUUGUCGGAGACGGUAUAGUAGGAAAAACCUGUAUGUUAAGUACUUAUACGACUGGUGAAUUUCCUGCAGAAUACGUACCAACAGUUUUUGAACAUUAUGGGCAGAAAAUAACCGUUGAUGAUAUUGAAUACGACAUGACAUUAUGGGAUACUGCUGGUCAAGAAGAUUAUGAAAGACUUAGGCCAUUAUCUUAUCCGCAUACAAAUUGUUUCCUGGUUUGUUUUUCCGUCGAUAAAAAUUUGGCCUCGUACGACAACGUAACCUUAAAAUGGGUACCAGAAGUUAGGCAUUUUAGUCCAAAUGUACCAAUCGUUAUAGUAGCAACCAAAAUAGAUUUGAGGAACGAUCCCAGUUUGGCGUGUUACACUCCCGAGGAGGGUAAAAAAUUGAAAAGGAAAGUUCGCGCUCAAAGUUACAUGGAAUGUUCAGCUUUGGCUAAUCAGGGAUUGGAGGAAGUGUUCGUUGAAGCCAUAAGAGUGUAUCGGAAAAGUAAAAACAGAAAACCAACACCGAGACAUUGUAUUUUAUUAUAAGAUAAUCAUAUUCUACAGGAAAUUUUUUCAAAAUAAUUUUCACAAACUAAAAAAAAUGAACAUUAGAAUGCGAAAUAGAUUUAACUUACUUUUAUUUACAUCCGUUAUUGGUUUAAUACAACUGCUUUCGUUUUAUCGUAUUUUUUUAAAUAAAUUCGAUCAAAUUUUGAUAUUUUUAUUGCAGUAUUUUGAAAAUAAUGUACAUUUUGAAAAUAUACAUUCACAAUAAAUACUAAUUUAUUAAUCGAUAUAA